AUGAGUUUUUCCCCACGACUAACCUACCUGAGAGUUGCUGAUGCUCAUCUACUCAACCAGACUUGGUCUUGGGGCGGCAAUGAACAGUGUCAUUGGUAUAUUGCCAACCUCCUCUCCUGCUUCCCAGUGUGUGUCCAUGAUGACAAGGGGAACCCCGUGUCUUGGUCUAUCACAGACCAGUUUGCCACCAUGUGCCAUGGCUACACCCUGCCAGAGCUUCGCAGGAAAGGUUACAGCCGGCUGGUGGCCCACGCUGGAUUCCCCUCUCAGGGCAAUGUCCUGGAUGACAACGUGUUCUCCAUCAGCCUCCUAAACAGCAUCAAAGCCGAGUUCUUGCCUUGUCGAUUCUAUAGGCUUAUUCUCACCCCUGCAGCUUUCUCUGGGCAAGUUCACCCCUAG